AUGCCCGAAACUAAGAGAAACUUUUCCCAGGUGGCAGAUGUGUCCGAGUUUCACGACGAUAAGAAACAGCACACAAAGCCGGGACGCAAGCCCAUCGAUACCGAGCCCAAGUCCAAGCGUACGGCGCAGAACAGAGCGGCCCAGCGAGCUUACAGAGAACGGAAAGAACGCAAGAUGAAAGACUUGGAGGAUAAGGUGGCAGACUUGGAGGAUGAUAAGAUCAAAGCUGCCACCGAGCUGGAUCUUUUGCGUGCUCAGAUUGAGUUGUUGAAGCGCGAGCUCACGCGGUACAGGGGCCAUCUGGACUUUUCCGACCUAGGUGUGAAGAAGAGCGAUAAUGUAGUGAAACAGGAGCAACUGCCGGAAACAACGCCGCAGGAGCCCAAGUAUAUGGCCGAUUUCCCUUGGUCGAAGGAGAACCUCCAGAACCUCAACAACUCACAGCUACCGGAUUUGGUGAGUGGAUCUUCUUCGUCCACCUCGCCGCUCAAUGACAACGUUAUUGUUUCCCCCGAGUCUAACACCAGCGAGAGCGUCAGCAGUAAUAUUAUGCUGAGCUUGAGCCCCCAGAAUCAGUUCAACUUGGUGUCGCUGUUUGAUGAGCAACUCGACCCAUUCUGUGUUAACUUGAACGAGGCUUGUGGCAAUAAACUGAAGCCCAUGCCAAAGUUCCACAGACCUGCUAGCGAGGUGCCUCCUUUGCCCACCAAGUUUGAAUCUGUUCUGUCACCCCAGUGGAACGGAGUUUCUCCUUUCCACACACUUUUCUCGCCAAACGAGAAUUUGUCGGAUCCUUUCUUCGCCGACAACAACUACAACAUCAGUACGGCUCCUACCGACGGACUACUGAACGAACCAUUGUCGUUUUUGAACGAUAACAAUUUUGAUGUUUCGUUGGCUUUUGGCAAUGCUACCAACGAUUUGGUGGAUAACCAGGGUAAGACUCAAUAUACGGAUCCUCUUGCAGGCUUGACCAACGAGGAGUCCGUUUAUGAUCCGUUGAACCUGGUGAACACCGACUUCAACUUCAAUGAGUUCGUGAAGAGUAGUCUUCCGUCGGAUGUUAGUUCAAGAACUAACUCAGUCACUGAGGGUUUAAAGUCCGGGUCCUCGGUGAGCAGUUACCACAGCUCACCUCUUGAAGAGGACGACAGCAAGGAAGAGGUUGUGCCAGCGCCUGAGAAGACCAUUAGAUGUUCGGAGAUUUGGGACAGAAUCACGUCGCACCCACGUUAUACCGAGAUUGACAUUGAUGGUUUGUGUAACGAGUUGAAGACCAAGGCUAAAUGCUCGGAGAAGGGAGUUGUUUUGGACUCCAAGGAUGUGAACAAGCUUAUUGAGAGACUGGCCAUGAGACGCUGA